AUGUAUAAUUGGACUGUUUAUGCUGCUGUAAGUCCAUUGAUAAUUUCAGAAGUAACAGCAGUUGUUGCUUCUGAAUUUUCAACUGUUUUCGCUUCUGGAUUUUUAGCUGUUGUUGCUUCUGGAUUUUCAGCUGUUGAUACUUCUGGAUUUUUAGCUGUUGUUGCUUCUGAAUUUUCAACUGUUUUCGCUUCUGGAUUUUUAACUGUUGUUGCUUCUGGAUUUUCAGCUGUUGAUGCUUCUGGAAUUUCAGCUGUUGAUGUUUCUGAAUUUUCAGCUGUUGAUGCUUCUGAAUUUACAACUGUUUUUGCUUGUGGAUUUUCAGUUGUUGAUGCUUCUGGAUUUUCAGCUGUUGAUGCUUCUGAAAUUACAACUGGUGUUGCUUCUGAAUUUUCUUUUGAUGAUUCAUUGUUCUCCGACCAGAACUUAUUCUCACCUCAUUCGGGUUUUGUACCCAACCCAUCGCCACGACAACGUGGCAUCGCCGACGGCUCUGUGGAUCCUAUGGGUUGUGCGUUGUCGUCCUAUGUCUGA